UAACUGCAGCAGUCAAGAGGGACGGGGUUAAACCAGGGAUGCAAACUUGAGUGCUGCAGUUCAGGGAGCGAGAGAGGCAGAGAAACUGAGGAGAGAGAGAAAGAGAGACAAUAUGUUUUCAGGACUGGUUGAUUAACAGUGGGCUUCUGGGGGAGGUAUCAGCGAGUGCUAGACCAAAAGAGAGGGAGGGAGAGAAAGAGAGAUGUAGAUGAAUCUCUCUGUAACUUGUGUGCAACUGAUGAUUUUCCUUCUGCUCUCUUCACACUCACACACUUCUCUUUGGAGAGCCACUGGGAUGUGACAGCAAAUCAGAGAGAAGAUGAUUCAAAGACUCACUGGGAAAUACUCAGUGAAACAGAAUGCGAGCUGGAUGCCACAUAAAUGAGUGAAACUGGGGAACUAUGAGCCAUAGAGCGUGACUGCUUCAGUUUGGCCUCUGCAGAGCUGGACUCAACAGGAAAGACUGGAGGAGAAGAACACGGCACAAUCUUCAGGAGGGCUUUGAUAGAGAUUUCGUACUUCUGAUGGAUAUCCACGCUGCUUCUCUACAUCUGGAGCUCUGAGGCUUGGCCGAUCUCUGACCUGCUGCUUGACCUUUGACCUCUGAGUGACCUCUAAAGGAAUCACAGCAAUAAAGCGUGACUCAGAACUCCAGAUCUACAGAAUGUUCUGGAAGCUGGCAAUACCUGCCAUUUUGGCAUGGACCCUUUUUGCAUCGACAGAGACCAAGAAGCCACGGCCCCAGGGUUCCAUCCCCUCCCCUUACAAGCUAAAAGGCAACGAUUUGUCAUCACCAUCCCACACACUAGCGUCACUGCCCCAGCACACAUCAGCACGACGACAGAAGGGCAAACACGACAUGCUGUCGUCUAGUCAUGAGGCCCUAGUGGUCACCGAGAGGAAGUACCUGAAGAGCGACUGGUGCAAAACCCAGCCGUUACGUCAAACAGUGAGCCUGGAGGGGUGCCUGAGCCGAACCAUCAUCAACAGGUUCUGCUACGGCCAGUGUAACUCAUUCUACAUCCCCCGCCACCUGAUGUCUCAAACCUCACAUCGAAGUCGAAAAACAGCAUCCAUGCCAGACCACAACACUUCAUUCCAGUCCUGUGCUUUCUGUCGGCCCAGCCGAAUAACUACGGUCACCAUACGGCUUCACUGUCCUGGGCUCCAGCCGCCGUACCGGCAACGGAAAGUGCAGCGAAUCAAGCAGUGCAAAUGUGUGUCUGUUAACGUCAAUGCUGCAUACUGAGAAGGCACACAAAUGAAACAAUGCCUAAAAAUCCUAAGAACCUGCCAAAGACAACAGCUAAUCAGAAGACUGGCCACCUUCAUUAUGUCUGGACUGUACCACAGUAUGCUACCCGGGAAUGCUUAAUAGCUGCCGAGCAGCAAUGGAACACAAAGCUGCAUUUUUCUUUUUCUUUUUUGUGAAAUAUAAAAAGGCUGAGAGUACAAUUACAAAAUACAUACAAGACUUAAACAGUAAAUAACAUUCAUGUGUUUUAAAUGAACAGUCUUUGACCUUUGACCUCUUGAAAGCUUUUCUUAAACAAAACAUGGAGCGUCUGUAUUCCAGUGACAUCCUGCUUUACCUCAGCAAUGCUGAUCCUCUAUAGAGUGCAACAGUCAGGGUUCCGGAAGUAAAAAUCCCAUGCUUUUUCUCCAUUGGGAAAUUGAUUUAACUCAUUUUAAUUGAUAACUUACAAACCUUUAGAGACAGACCUGAUGUUGCAAAUAGAUGGUAUAUGCCUCUGCUGAAGCCAUAAACCUGUAUUAUACUCAUUUUUGUAAAUAAUUGUUAAAUGUAUGACCUCCUGAAGAAAAACUACAUUACUCAUUAUUCUGCAAAAAAAAAAAAACAA